AUGUCUCUAUUACAUUCCAUCAGUAUUGAUUCUUCAUCAUCAACAACUACAAUGACAACAUUAUCACCAAUGGACAUUCCAAACGAUUCAUCAAAUGUUCUCUAUGAAAACCGAGAACAUUUUCAAGCUAUCUUUACUAAUGAUUCUCGAUUUUUUGAUACAAGUCUUCAUUUAUUUAAAUCUUAUUGUGCAUUAGGUUACAUUCAAACAGAUGAUGCAAAAACUAAAAGACUUAAUCUUCCAUUUCUAACAACAACAUCAAAUGGGCAUAGACAACGUUGGAAAGCACGAUUGUUAGGUAUAACUCCUAAUAAUGAUAAUUCUAAUGCAACAAUAAAAGCCUUUUUAACGCCAACAUUACUCAGAAAAGAUCAUUUAACUCGUAAUCGAACUGGUUCAGGUUCGUUUAUUAAUGAAACAAUGAAUCAUCAUGAAAAAACACCAACGGUUGUUCAGUAUCAACGAUCGACAAUACCAACUGUUAACAUUUCUGACGAUAACAAACUCGAUGAAUCUGACCUAGUUAUAACAAGACUAUGA